GGUCAAGUUGAAAGAGGGCAUGGCGUUUCUGGGUGCCCGGCCCAGCAACCCCACCCUGUGGAUGGUGAGCCAGGAUGUGAGGAGCGAGGGGCACAGGGUGGUCACCCUCCAUUGCCGCAGGAAAGAGUCCAGCUACGGACAAAGGUCUGAGGAGGGUGUGCAGAGAGUCCUACAGGUGGACCUGGAGGUGGACAGCUUCCUGGGUCCACUGGGCAGCCGCUGGAUCACGUGGCAGGUGGAGUACCCGGGCAGCCGUGCCACGACGCAGGAGGCAGAGACAGAGAUCCGACUGGCCCAGAAGGACCUGGGGGGCAUUGUGCCCCUGGCCAUGGACACGGAGAUCCUGAAUACGGCCGUGCUGACAGGGAAGACGGUGGCUGUCCCAGUUAAGGUGGUGACCAUCGGAGCGGACGGCAUGGUCACUGACGUCUCAGAGGCAGUGGACUGUCAUUCCACAGAUGAAGAUGUGGUCAAGGUGUCAGACAGGUGUGACUACGUGUUUGUGAAUGGGAAGGAGAUGAAGGGCAAGGUGAGGAUGAUGGUGAACUUCACCUACAGCUACCUGAGUGCCCAGCUGGAGAUGAACGUGUGGAUCCCACGGCUGCCCCUCCAGAUCGAGGUGUCUGACACAGAGCUUAGCCAGAUCAAGGGAUGGAGGGUGCCCAUUAUGACCAGCAGCCAAAGGUCUGCACUGGACAGUGAUGAUGAGGAUGAUGAAGACCGGAGAGGAAGGAGCUGCACGUUACAGUACCAGAAUGCCAUGGUUCGAGUGUUGACACACUUUGUGGCCGAAGCUGCCGACCCCCGUGGUCAGCUGACCUUCAUGCUGGGCAGUGAUUGGCAGGUGGACAUCACUGGGCUGGUGUGGGACUUCCUGAAGGUGGAGGACCCCCAGAUAGCUCAGCUACAGGACGGACGCAUACUAGUGGGACUGGACAUGGGGAUGACCACCAUCCAGGUCCUGUCCCCCCUGUCUGACUCCAUCCUGGCAGAGAAGACGGUGACGGUAGUGAAUAACAAAGUAACCAUCACAGAGCUGGGGGUGCAGCUGGUCACCGGCCUGGCUCUGAACCUGCAGCUCAGCCCAGGAAGCAACAGGGCAAUCCUCGCCACGGCAUCCACACAGGAAGUGCUGCAGAGCCCAAAACAGGAGGCCCUGAUCAGUGCGUGGCUGCACUUCAGUGAUGGCUCCAUGGCUCCUCUGGACCUGUACAACUCAGACUACUUUGUCCUGACGGCCACGUCUCUGGAUGAGGAGGUGGUGACGGUGCAGCAGGAUCCCUCCUGGAAGUGGCCUGUGAUCGUGACCGAGGCUGAGGGCCAGGGCCUGCUGGUCAGGGUGGAGAUGACCGUCUGUGAGCUCUGCCAGAAGUUCAAGCGGCGCAGCGUUUUGGCUGCAGGGAACUGCAACGUCAAGGUGAAGUUUGGCCAGAGCGACAGUGGCACCUCGAGAAACAGUGACUACGGGCCAGAGGGCGAGGAGCUGGAGAACAGGUCCAGCGACCGCAGGCAGCAGUCUCCCUCCCAGGACAGGACUGGAUUAGAAGCCCACUACUACGGCAGCUCCAUCUCUGACAUGGAGAACGGUGUCAUGAGGAAGGUCACCACCACCACUAAGAGUACCAUCAUCAGGAGGCCCAAUGGAGACAAGCUGUCAGAUGAUGGGAACCAGGUCCAGAACAUGCCAGACUUCCCUGCCCAGGUGGACCUCCCUCGCAGCCACAACAUGGAGGAUGAUCUGAUCCAGACAGCCCGGGGCCUCACUGACCUGGAGAUCGGCAUGUACGCCCUGCUGGGGGUCUUCUGCCUGGCCAUCCUGGUCUUCCUCAUCAACUGCAUCUCCUACACCCUCAAGUACCGCCACAAGGAGCUGUCCAUCGAGGGCCAGGAGAGCAUGAACCACGCCCACGACUGGGUGUGGCUGGGGAACGAGGCAGAGCUGCUGGAGAGCCACAUGAGCCUGUCCCCACAGCAGGACGAGCUCACCUCCAUGGUGGACUGCAGUGCCGGGCUGGAAGAGGGCAGCCACCUGCUCAACGGGGCCUCUUCCCAGAAGAACGUGCAGGGCCAGGUACACCGGGCAGCAGACAGGGCGAGCUGCACAGCCAAGGACAGCAAAGGAGACUCGCCUACCACAAAGAGGAAGCGUGUGAAGUUCACCACGUUCACCACCAUCCCACCAGACAAUGGCUGCCCCACUGUCAGCACACUGAGCAUGAGCCACAGCCAGGACAUUAAGUGGGUGUGCCAAGAUGUAGAGCUGGGGGACUCCAAGGAGCUUCGGAACUACAUGGAGAGGUUAAAUGACAGUGCUUUAAAAGAGGUGGCGUAAUCUGUGUGCUCAGUGCACUUAUAACUCACCCUUAUGCCUUUCACAGUGAGCUGGGCCUGGACAGCACCUAAUGCUGAACCUAGAAGAGGUUGAAAUCUGGAAGCAACAUUUUUGUGAAUCACAUGGGACUGCCAAAGGGAAAAUUAAUUCAAGAGGACAAAAAUAGUAAUGAUACCACACAGGACUAAUGGCAAAUCGUUAACUUGAAAAGAAACAUAAUUUUUUGAUAAUUUGUUUAUUUCUGAAUAUCUUCCUACCUUUUAAUCAUUAUUUCGUGAUGGUUCUUUUGUAGGUAGACUCAAGCCAUGUUCCCAGACUAGCUCUGCAUUACUGACAAAACUACAAAAUGUUACGCAGAUGAUGACAUGUAGAUUUAAGAAUGUAAAUGAACAAAUAUUCAAGAUGUAUAUAAAGUACUCAUUGAAAGGUUUUGGAAGUUUUGUAGCAUUUUGAAUAUUGAUUUCCUAUUCCACAUCCUGUCGUUCUUUUGUUUUUUGAUAAAUGUCUGGGCCCCCAGGAUAGACCAGAGCCUACAGAACUUCCUGCAUGUGGUUUGAAAUAAAGGCACACAUUUUAGGUUCAUCUUUACCAGAAGACACAGAGAAACGGUUAUGUAUAUACUGAACAGUCCUCCUACAAGGCAUUGUAUUGUUGCUCUGUAUAUUGUAUUUUCAUAACUGUCAUUUAAAGAACAUACAACAGUG